GGGAGCCGGAGUGAGAGGAGUCCCAGCCCUCCGUGCCGCCUGGCACCGGGGAUUACCAGCCUGGGGAGCCUGCAGAGCCGCAGCACUGAAGUUGCAAGGGGCAGGCGGGAAUGAGAAAUCUUGAGACAUGACUCCUCCACCAUCCUGACCUGGAGAGCUGCUAUUUGGAAUGUGACAGGAAUAGAUAAUUGGUACCACCGCAGGGAGCCUGCCUCUGUUAGGAUCAGGAGCAAAAGAUCGCGGUCACUCAUUCUGAGAUACAACUGGAACUCUCUCCUUUGCAAGCAGUUUUUUCUCCUUUCUCCUUCAAAAGCCAAAUCCUCUGGGCAGUGAUGGCAUGUCUGUACAUGGAUUGGCGAAUGGAAGGAAUAUGAAAACACCAUGCAUUAGAGUGUUGCUGGUCUUCUGAAGUGGUCAACCAGAUUCCCUUAAAGUGGUCAUCUGAGUUAUAACACAGGUGUGUGAUGUAAAAGCAGUGGGCAGUCCUCGGGCCCUCCCCCACACUAUUGUAACGUCAUGUGCCAGUAUGAAUAUUAACGCAGAAACACAUACUUCAGUAGUCAGCAACCAAAGGAGAAGCUAAACACUGAGAACAAAUGACUGGAGUGCUUGCAAAACUUUGGGCAGCUAACUUCUUCUCCUCCUUCCCUGCUAUUGUGAAACAGCUGGAAAAGCAGAACUGAAGCAGCAUUUUUUGUGGAUAUUUUUUCUUUUUUUUAUUUAAUUUUUCCCCUUUGUUUUGGGUUUCAGACUCUCAAACUGCACUGACCGUAAGCACUGGACAGCAAUAUGUGUCAUGUCAUUGUAACUUGUCGCUCAAUGCUGUGGACACUCCUGAGUAUUGUUGUGGCUUUUGCAGAGCUCAUAGCUUUCAUGAGUGCAGAUUGGCUAAUUGGCAAAGCCAAGCCUGUGAGCUCCGAAGAUAUGGACAACAGGACAGGAGGCUCACAGGAGCCUUACCAUCCAACUUUGGGCAUCUAUGGGCGUUGCACCAGAAUCUCUCACAUGCAGGUUUCCAAACGAGACACACUUUGUGGGCCCUAUGCAGAGAACUUUAAUGAGAUUGCCAGUGGGUUCUGGCAGGCUACUGCUAUUUUCUUAGCUGUGGGGAUCAUGAUUCUCUGUGCUGUGGCAUUUGUGUCUGUCUUUACUAUGUGUGUGCAGAGUGUAAUGAAGAAAAGUAUUUUUAAUGUCUGUGGGCUGCUACAAGGGAUUGCAGGCCUCUUCCUUAUCUUAGGCUUGAUGCUGUACCCUGCGGGCUGGGGCUGCCAGAAGGCAAUAAGCUAUUGUGGACAUUAUGCUUCUGCUUAUAAACUAGGAGACUGCUCAUUGGGCUGGGCCUUCUACACAGCUAUCGGUGGCACUGGUCUGACAUUCAUCUGUGCCGUCUUCUCAGCGCAAGCAGAAAUUGCCACAUCUAGUGACAAAGUGCAAGAAGAAAUUGAAGAGGGGAAAAACCUUAUCUGCCUCCUUUAAAUAUAGCGGAAAAAAGAUCAGUGUCUAUUUUGCUUUUAAAUGACUUGAUAAAAGGAUCCACAUUGUGUGAUUUAGCCUUAUGCGGUCUAGCCUUGAACUACUGACGCAACAUUCUAUCCCUUGCUGGGGGAUGAGGACCAGAGAAAGGAGGAUCUGAAGUGAAGAGAGUGUAGAUAUGUGGGAAUUUUUGGUGUGACUACAUUUUCAGGACUCAGCAGAAUAUACAACUUGAGAGUGAGGCGGGGGAGAGUAUAUAGUGAACAAACGUUGUAAUAUACCUGACAAUUUCUGAUUUGAUCAGAUCGCAUUCUCCACGUUGGUCACUUUGAAGGAUCUGCAUUAAAAUAAUAAAAGCCAGCACAUUUCUACUAUGUACAGGACUAGCCUAUUUAAUCAGGUUUUGUUUUCAAGGGCUUCAAUCACUUGUGAACAUUUUAUUGCCAUCUGGUUUGGUACUAUAGUUAAUAUUGUGGUGCUUGUUGAUGAGUUUUAAAAUUACUUAAAGCACAACUGUUGGGUGUGGUUUUUUUAGAUAAUUAAAUGCAUGACUAAGAGAACAGGGUUGACAUUAAGACCUUGCUAAAAGUGGUAUAAACUAUUAAGGAAGUGAGGCAGGGGCUCAUAUUAUUUAGUUUGUUCUGGCAUGAAAUAUCAGUAACAAGUGGUAGAUACAUUAUAUUUUAGCAGCUAGAUUUGAAGUUAAAUUCAUAGCAGAGCCAGGGGAACUGUUGUUACGCUGGAGUUUACCUAUAUAAAAUAAAAAUGGUAGAAGUAAUGCUUUAGUAUCUAAAUGUGUUAAACACUGAACUUUGGAUACAAAAAUGGUGUCUUUACUAGAAAUCCCAGGAAUCCUCAAUAUUUAGGAAAAACACUAUAGUGUCUCUGCAGCACAAUUGACAGGGUUAUUUUGUGAAUGCCAACAAGUGUUGAGCGUGCCUCACUCUUCAGUAAAAAUAUUAACUGUAUGUUGGGUUUACAGUUACAAUAUUUCUCUGUUUGCCAAAAGAAACCUCAUUCCCAGUCCACAGGCCAGUGUCUCAGAACCAGUUUAGUCUGUAAUAGAUGUUCACCCUGCAGGAGGCGAUGCCAAAUUCUAAAUGUUUGUGGGAAAACCUUUUCCCACUCUUUUUAACCACAUCUGGUAUGGACCCAUUUCCAGCACAUCAGCAGAAGCAGAAAUAUGACUUGCCACGAGUGACAUUCCUUUCCAAAACACGUUCAGUUCAGUCAUAUUACGUGUGUUGUUUCUCCAGUUACUGGAAUUAUGCUAGAGGGCAGAUUAAAAGGAUAUCAGAAGAAAGAAUACUGUACUGCCUUGGGGACGCAUGAGCACAAUCAAGGGUUUAAUAGAUAACGAUUCACUUGAUAUUUGAUUGGAAAUUUUAAUUUUAAAACCGUUUAUUUCAUGGUGGUGGUGAAAUACUAGCAGGCACUGAAGGCUGAGCCUAUUGUUAGAAAGCUACAGAACCACUAGAGGUGUCUGCAAGUGUAUCCAUUUUUCUGUACGGUUAAAAAUCAAAUAACUUCUGCAGACAGAGAAUAUGAUAAGCCUCUGGAUUACCUGAGUGAUUUAGUGUAGAAAACAGCAAAUUAAUAUAGAAAUGUGUGAAGGUUUUGUGUUAUUUUUGCUGCAUCCCUCUAGCAUGACCUAGAGCUGAGGGAAAUGCAGCUUGCAUUAACUAUGCACAGUCUUACUAAUGUUAUACUAUUAAAUGUAAAAGGUUUCUUUGGAGCUUUUUGAAUUCUUUAUCUGCUCCUGUGGAAGUCUCCUUCCCAGGAACACUUCUUUAGAAAUUAUUGAUCUGUGUGAGAGAUUCUAGUGAGGGUCCAGGCUUCCACUCUAAAGGUUUAAAAAGACAAUGUCGCUUUUUUUUUUUAAUAAAGGGGUAGUUUGUAAACUCCAGUUGGUAAUAAUGCUGCCUCUCUAAUAAGUUAAAUCAAUUAAUUUUCUUUUUACAGUGGAAUAAUUUUGUUCUGGUCUGAUCCUGAUAAACCAGACCUGUUACUUUGGACCCAUUAAAUUGAUAGUAUUGCUCCAGAAUCAAUGUGCUGGAGUAGCAGCCCCAGCCUCUGGAGUGCCAUUUGUGAAGUGUCAGAGUCCCUGUUUCUCUGUAAAUACAAAUCCAAGCCCCCUACACAGCUGUGCUGCUGACACCUCUGUUCUCCUGUGCACAUUCCCAAUGGCAGGGCAGAAUGAUGUGGAGGGUCUUAUGCUAGCCACAGGGCAAAACUUCCCCCUUAGUAAUAUUUAUAAUUUUCUUUUUCACCACUGCAUUGUGAGAACCCAGCCUUUCCUCUUGUUAACGCAGAAUUCACACUUGAGAAACCUGUGUUUUCCCCCUCCCAAUCCCAUUGCACUCUUAUACAAGAUUUUAAAACGGGUAACUCACUUUUUCUUUUAAAUAUUUAACAUAAAAUGAAGCUAUGGGCUGGAACCAUUUAUGUCAAGUGUCUGCACAAAGCAGGUUUUCUUUUUAAACAAAUUAUAACCACUUGCAAAAAUUGGUGAGUUAGGGCAAAACUGUAGCCACAGCAUCAUAAUGUGUCUUAUUUGAAACUGUGCACCUUUUGAAAUAUGUUUCCUUGUAUAUACAAAGUAUACCUUACAAAGCACACGCUCCAAAUUUUCAACCAUAUUAUUUGUAUGUGGCUGAAUCCUAUAAAAAAUCCUGUAAGAACCCUCCACUUUAGAAUACAGAUGCAAAGUUAUGGCUUGUCUUACAGUUGCUACUACUUCAGAGGCCUCCCCCCAUUGGAGCAAUACAAGCUGGGGCACUAGAACAACUGUGAUAUAGAACUUUAACAAGAAGGGGUCUUAAGUGCUGUGAACACCACAUGGAAUUGGGGUGAAGAUAAAUUAUAUUCUUUUUUUUUCUUCUUUCUUUCUAAUGUUGUAAUUUGUUUUUCUUUAGGAAGAUAGUGUGCCAAUGUUAAAAAAAAAAAAUCACUGCCACCAAAUCAUGACACUCUCUUCAUAUAGUGUCACAAAUAUGUUAAAAAUCCAAGUACUAUAUUAAUCAAUGACAGAUUACCGUUUUCAAAGGUGGUGUGCAAUGCUUAACUCAACUGGUUUGGACCGUGCAUGCUCCAUGUAUUGUGUGACUUAAAAAAAAAACACCAGUGAACAAUGUAUUAUUAGGACAUACCUAUGUUAGGUCUUUACAGUGCUGAAAAUAUUAAAUGUUGGGUUUUAUAGUACUGUGCAUAAAAGAUAUUGGUUUUGCAUGUGUUUUUCUGAAUUUGUAAGGGAAGUGGACCAGCUUCUAUUAUUGUAGUAAUACAACAUCAAACUGAUCUAAUCAACUCAACAGGUCAUACUCAGUGACUGGCACAGAUGGAAGAUAUGGUAGGAAGAAACAAACCAAGACUCUUUGCUUGCUCAGGGUUCUGUUUUUCUAACAAGUGAUAAGAUGGCUUUAUUAUUACAUACAGAUUUUCUUAAUGGAGUUUUAAAAUGCGACCCACUCAUUAAGUUUGAUGGCUGCUGUUCCUGAAUUUCAGUUCCACCAGAACAAUGGCCUUCCCAAGACAUUCUAUGAAAAUCAUUUUUCUUUUGUCAUCUUCAGGCAUGUUUAAUUAGUUUAAUGAUGGGCCAUAUAGCAUAACUGCUUCUUAAUGUACAUGUAGUGCUUAGAUGCAAGGAAUGUUUGAUGUGGCAUUUUUAAAAAAAACGGUCUAGCUCACUCAAAAUUGUAACAUACUAACUUUGUAAAUAUUUUUAACAAGAGAAAUGUUCUUUAAACAUCUGUGGUUUGA